AUGCCCAAAUUCGUCCCCCGGGAGCGAAAACAAAAGCACCGGCGCCAGGAGACAACCACGCCGGUCGACACCAACAUUGUGGAGCUAGCGCCAGUCUCCAAAGAUGAAAAGGAAGCGCGGAGGCAGAAGCUGCGAGAUGAGCUGCGAGAUCAGCAUGCUAAUGUCUCUUCGAAGAAGCAGAAGCGUCUGGACAAGUACAUUGAAAACAAACUCAAGAAAGAGGAGAACAUCGAGCUUCUGAAGAAGCUCGCCCAAGCGAAUUUCGACACCUCCGCACUCCAGACAUCGAGGGAAUUGGGCAAGUGCAAGAGACAAGCAGAUGACACAACUCCCGCUAAGGUUCAUGCGCACACUGCCUCGGCACCCGGAGACGAUACCGAUGACUCUGAUCUCGAAAUGCUGGGAGGGGCCUUCGCACUGGCUCCGAAGCCCCAAAUACCCCAAGGACCUGUUGGAAGUGGAUUGAAGCGCCCGCUUGAAGUUGGACUGGAUGGUUUCCCAAUCAUCAAAAAGCGGAAGCGUGCGGCCAAGCCGAAACCCGCAUCCGCAUCUGCGCCCGAGCCCUCUUGGGAAGGUUUUGGGUCUGAUGGCGAGGACUCGAGUGAAGAGCAGGAGGAAGUCGACUCUGACAACUCAGACGCUGAGGCCGAUGCUAAAGAUGACUCUGAAGACGAUGAUUCUGAGGAUGCUUCCGGGCAACCAUCAGAGGAUUCUUCUGAUGAGGAGGAAGACUCGGAUGACGACUCGGAGGACGAGGAUGAGGGGGAAGACGAAGGAAAUGACCGUCGCAUCAAGCCCAGAGAAUCAGCUUUCAAAAGUUGGGCUGUGCAGCAAAUAAAUGAGGCCAUAGGCUUCAAACCAACCGAAGGACCGGUAAUUCAUGAUCAAGUGCAACAAGCAUUCGCACCGCCCAGAAAAGAGCCCCAAAAUACUGUCGAAAUGGAGGAGCCUCUUCCAAGAGAACUUGAAGUCACUACAGGCAACCCCUUCCGCAAGGCUUUCAAUGUUCCUGUCGAGCGUUCUGAAGGAAUUCAAGCCGCUCGUCUCGGGCUCCCUGUGGUUGGUGAGGAGCAGAAGAUCAUGGAGGCUAUUUACAACAACUCCGUGAUCGUCAUUUGGGGUGCUACUGGUAGCGGAAAGACCACCCAGCUUCCCCAGUUCCUCUUUGAGGCUGGCUUUGGCAACCCAGAUAGCCCGAACCCAGGCCUCAUUGGUGUCACUCAGCCUCGCCGGGUGGCUGCCGUGAGUAUGGCGAACCGUGUCUCCCAAGAAUUGGGUCAGUAUUCGGACCAAGUCUCGUACCAGAUUCGAUUCGAAACGACAGUUUCCAAGAAGACCGCCAUCAAGUUCAUGACAGAUGGUAUUUUGCUACGUGAAAUUGCCGAUGACUUUGCUCUGCGCAAGUAUUCCGUUCUGAUCAUUGAUGAAGCCCACGAACGGAGCGUUAACACGGAUAUCCUUAUUGGAAUGGUCAGCCGUAUUGUGGACCUGCGCAAGUCAAUGAGUGAAGAGGACCCGUCUGUCAAACCGUUGAAGGUAGUCAUUAUGUCUGCCACCCUUCGUAUUUCGGACUUUACAGAAAAUCCAAGCCUGUUCCGCGAGGGACCGCCUCCAUUGGUUCAAGCCGAAGGUCGUCAAUAUCCUGUGACUAUUCAUUUCGCUCGUCGAACCCAGCGUGACUAUGUCGAGGAAGCUUUCCGCAAAGUUUCCCGAGGCCACCGGAAACUCCCACCGGGUGGAAUGCUCGUGUUCUUGACUGGUCAGAAUGAAAUUCGACUCUUGUCAAAGCAGCUCAAGCAGGCCUUCAAACCAACACAGCGCCUCGAUGCGACACAGGCCAAAGUCCAGUUCACCGCCAAUGAUGCCCCUCUGGAAGCCGAAGACUUGGACCUUGGUGGUAUGGAAAUGGAUAAUGCAGGAGACGAUGAGGAAGAUCUCGAGAUCACUGGGCUAGAUGAGCCAGAAGAGGAUGAGGAAUUUGAUCUUGGUGAAGAGGCCAUGGACUCUUCAACGAAGGUGCACGUCCUGCCUCUAUACUCGCAACUUCCAACCAAAGAACAGAUGAAGGUGUUUGAGGCACCACCGGAAAACUCACGCCUCAUCAUCCUUGCCACCAACGUCGCAGAAACAUCUCUGACGAUUCCUGGCAUCAAGUACGUGUUCGAUUGCGGUCGGUCAAAAGAGAAGCAAUACGACCUUUCUACUGGUGUUCAAAACUUCCAAAUCGGCUGGAUCAGUAAAGCCAGCGCAAACCAGCGUGCUGGUCGAGCCGGUCGAACAGGGCCUGGUCACUGUUACCGGCUGUAUUCCUCGGCUGUCUACGAAGCUGAUUUUGCCGAUUACACUGACCCUGAGAUCCUCCGCACUCCCAUUGAAGGAGUAGUUCUCCAGAUGAAGAGCAUGGGUUUACACAACGUUAUCAACUUCCCUUUCCCGACACCUCCAAGCCGACAGGGUCUUGCUAAAGCAGAGAAACUGCUCAAGAAUCUCGGCGCCCUCACUAGCAGCGGGCAAGUCACCCAGAUUGGCCGUCGUCUCUCGACAUACCCUCUCUCGCCUCGGUUCGGCAAGAUGCUCUACAUCGGUCAUCAGCAUGGCUGCAUGCCUUAUGUCAUCGCCCUCGUCGCAGCCCUAGCGGUUGGCGAUCUCUUCGUCGCGGAGAACCAACUCCCCGGCAACGAGAUCCAGCCUGCAAAGAGCAAGAAAUCCGACUCCGACACUAGUGACAGUGACUCGGAAGAUGAGAAGGUCUACACCAACGCAGACCGCCUCGAAGAUACGCAGCGCGAACAGCGCUCAAAGGAUUACGCCCGCGUCCACCGGCUUCUCAGCAAACACGAUGACACCAGCGAUGCACUCAAGUACCUCUCCGCCAUUUGCGCCUAUGCCUAUGCGCCCGAUGGCGAGGCCUUCUGCGAGCAGAUGUUCCUGCGAGCCAAGGCAUUCAAAGAAGCAUCCCAGCUGCGGCACCAGCUCUCUGAUAUAGUGCGCUCCAACAAUCCAGGCCUCCUCGGUGCCUACUCAGCCAAGCUGCCCGAACCCUCCUCUAAGCAACUCAAAGCGCUCAAGCAAAUCGUCACAGCCGGCUUCAUCGACAAUGUUGCCAUCCGCGCAGACUUGGCCCCCGUACCCCCCGAAAUCCCUCGUGCGCCCCGCCGGGCUAUCGACGUGCCGUACCUCACGCUCUUCCGCUCGCGCGACCGCCAUGCAGAUGACAUCGCUGAACGCGCAGUCUUCGUGCACCCUACCUCUGUGCUGGCCAAGCUCACGCCGAAAGAAAUGCCGCCGUACAUUGUCUACUCGCACCUGCAGCAGUCAGCGGCAGCGCCACUGUCAGGCCAGACACCCAAGAUUCGCAUGUUCCCGCUCGUGGCGCCUAGUGGCCUGCAGCUAGCGGCUAUUGCGCAUGACACGCCGCUUAUCGAGUAUGGCAAGCCUGUGGGCAAGACAGAGCUUUUGGAGGGUAUUCCGCAGCGCAGAUCGUGCUGGGUUGUGCCGGCGUUGGUGGGCGAGUCUGGGAGUACGGGGUGGCCGUUGCCGGCGAAGAAGGUGGUGCAGAGGAAGGAUCCGAUGGAAGGAUGGGUGAUUGAGAAGUUUGUGGCAUGA